AUGAACAUUACAAGUAAACAUUGGGUGAUUGAUAUCAAAACCACAGUUGCAUCCCUUGGAUGUGCAAUUUUUAUUUUUGAACUAGAACGCGAGCGUAUCCGAGUUUUUAGGAACAAAAUGGUUGACAACAUCAGACCAGAUGAUUGUACAAUGUAUGGCUAUCAAAUACGGUUGUCCGAAUUGGUGGCUACCAAUUCAACUCGGUGCGACAGCUUGCCAAGUCAAACAUUUGAAACCUGUCGAGAUUCAAAAGCCACAAACAAACUGCCGAUCUUUAGCUUGCUAUCGGUUCAUGGCAUUACCGUUGUAGCUAAUGUUGAUAAGUUUCAACGCGCUCAGUGGCUGCUUAUAGCCCUUCAUAUACAGCUGCGGAGGCGGAGUUGUGAUUUACAACUACUGCUUUACCGAGGGUUACCCGGGGCAGAUACAAUCAAAGCCAGUUCCUCAAUAUCUAAAGUUUCAAAAUCUGUGUUGCUAAACGGCCACGCUGGGGCUACCAUGGUUUAUCCACCAGCCAUCUAG